AUGGAUCUCAAUAGUGCCAGCACUAUUGUUCUUCACGUCUUAACUCAAGCCACUAGCCAAGAUACUGCAGUGUUAAAACCAGCUGAAGAACAGCUAAAACAGUGGGAGACACAACCAGGCUUUUACUCAGUGUUGUUGAAUAUUUUUACAAACCAUACGCUGGAUAUAAAUGUAAGGUGGCUAGCUGUGUUGUAUUUUAAAAAUGGAAUUGAUCGCUAUUGGAGACGUGUAGCACCUCACGCUCUUACAGAGGAAGAAAAAGCCACAUUGCGGGCAGGGCUCAUCACCAAUUUCAAUGAGCCAGUAAAUCAGAUUGCAACUCAGAUUGCAGUGCUGAUUGCAAAAGUUGCUAGAUUGGAUUGUCCCAGACAAUGGCCAGAACUGAUUCCCACUCUUAUAGAAUCUGUGAAGGUACAAGAUGAUCUUCGUCAGCACAGAGCAUUGCUUACAUUCUAUCAUGUCACUAAGACUCUGGCGUCCAAAAGACUGGCUGCUGACCGGAAGCUCUUUUAUGAUUUAGCCUCUGGAAUUUAUAGUUUUGCCUGUUCUCUGUGGAAUCAUCAUACAGACACAUUCCUACAACAUAUUUCUACUGGGGAUGAAGCUGCUAUUUUAAAUUCAUUGGAAAGAACUCUGUUGUCAUUGAAAGUGCUUCGUAAACUAACAGUUCAUGGAUUUGUGGAACCUCAUAAGAAUAUGGAGGUGAUGGGUUUUCUACAUGGGAUUUUUGACCGUCUAAAGCAGUUUUUAGAAUGCAGUAGAAGUAUAGGUACAGAUAAUGUAUGUAGAGACAGACUGGAAAAGACCAUCAUUCUUUAUACUAAAGUGCUUUUAGACUUCUUGGACCAACAUCCCUUUUCUUUCACUCCUCUCAUUCAACGAUCACUGGAGUUUGCAGUAAGCUAUGUUUUCACAGAAGUGGGUGAAGGAAUCACAUUUGAGCGAUUCAUCGUUCAGUGCAUGAAUCUAAUUAAGAUGAUUGUCAAAAAUUAUGCUUAUAAGCCAUCAAAAAAUGUUGAAGAUAGUAGUCCUGAAACUCUUGAAGCACAUAAGAUUAAGAUGUCUUUCUUCACAUACCCAACCUUGACAGAGAUCUGUAGAAGAUUAGUUACUCAUUAUUUUCUGCUAACAGAAGAAGAACUGACAAUGUGGGAAGAAGAUCCAGAAGGCUUUACUGUGGAAGAGACAGGAGGAGAUUCUUGGAAAUAUAGUUUGAGGCCUUGCACUGAAGUACUGUUUAUUGAUAUAUUCCAUGAAUAUAAUCAGACUCUUACACCUAUACUUUUAGAAAUGGUACAGACACUGCAAGGGCCAACCAAUGUGGAAAAUACCAGUGCACUGCUGAUCAAAGAUGCUGUCUAUAAUGCAGUUGGAUUGGCUGCUUAUGAGUUAUUUGACAGUGUGGAUUUUGAUCAGUGGUUUAAAAACCAAUUGUUGCCAGAAUUAAGAGUUACUCAUGAUAGGUAUAAACCAUUGCGACGCAGGGUAAUUUGGCUUAUUGGACAGUGGAUUUCUGUGAAAUUCAAGUCUGAGUUGAGACCCAUGUUAUAUGAGGCAAUUUGUAAUUUGCUUCAAGACCAAGACUUAGUGGUCCGUAUUGAAACAGCUACAACUCUCAAGUUAACUGUUGAUGAUUUUGAAUUUAGAACAGAUCAAUUUCUUCCGUAUUUGGAAACUAUGUUCACACUACUUUUUCAGCUACUUCAGCAAGUUACAGAAUGUGACACAAAGAUGCAUGUUUUACAUGUCCUAUCUUGUGUUAUUGAAAGAGUUAACAUGCAGAUUCGCCCUUAUGUAGGAUGUUUGGUUCAGUAUUUGCCCCUACUUUGGAAGCAAAGUGAAGAACAUAAUAUGCUCCGAUGUGCCAUUUUGACUACUCUUAUUCAUCUUGUUCAGGGAUUAGGAGCAGACAGCAAGAACCUGUAUCCUUUUCUGCUCCCAAUUAUUCAACUGAGUACAGAUGUUUCCCAGCCACCACAUGUUUAUCUUCUGGAAGAUGGUUUAGAAUUAUGGUUAGUGACAUUGGAAAACAGUCCAUGUCUUACACCAGAGUUGCUUAGAAUCUUUCAGAACAUGUCUCCACUUCUUGAAUUAAGUUCAGAAAAUCUCAGAACCUGCUUUAAGAUCAUCAAUGGUUAUAUUUUUUUGUCGUCAACUGAAUUUUUACAGACAUAUGCAGUAGGUCUGUGUCAGUCAUUUUGUGAGCUGUUAAAGGAAAUUACCACCGAAGGACAAGUUCAAGUGCUUAAGGUAGUGGAAAAUGUUCUUAAAGUGAAUCCAACAUUAGGUCCUCAAAUGUUUCAACCAAUUUUACCAUGUGUGUUCAGGGGCAUUAUAGAUGGAGAGAGGUAUCCUGUAGUGAUGUCUACUUAUCUUGGAGUCAUGGGCCGAGUUCUGCUGCAAAAUACUAGUUUCUUUUCUUCACUUCUAAAUCAGAUGGCGCAUAAAUAUAACCAGGAGAUGGACCAGCUUCUGGGUAACAUGAUUGAAAUGUGGGUUGAUCGUAUGGAUAGCAUUACUCAGCCAGAAAGAAGAAAACUUUCUGCUUUGGCAUUACUUUCACUUCUGCCAUCUGAUAAUGGAGUCAUCCAGGAUAAAUUUUGUGGCAUCAUUAACAUUUCAGUAGAAGGCCUACAUGAUGUCAUGACAGAGGAUCCUGAAACAGGAACUUAUAGAGAUUGUAUGUUAAUGUCUCAUUUUGAAGAGCCCAAAGUAGCAGAGGACGAGGAGCCACCUACAGAACAGGACAAAAGAAAGAAAAUGCUUGCCUUGAAGGACCCAGUACAUACGGUGUCACUGCAGCAGUUUGUCUAUGAGAAGCUCAAAGCACAACAGGAGUUGCUGGGAGAACAAAGCUUUCAGGCUCUCAUGGAGACAGUGGAUACAGAAAUUGUCACCCAACUACAAGAUUUUUUACAGGGCUUCUGAAAGCCCAGGCAGAGCAUUGAGUGGCCAACUCUCUCUUCACAAAAUAAGAUGAAUACAGAGAUUACCAGAUAGGGUUGACAUGCAAAAGAAAUCAGUGGUGAAAGAAAGUAAAGAAGUGUAAACCACAAAGCCAUUUUUUGGGCUUCAGAAUUCAGAAGAAAUGUGGGAAAUGCCUCAUAACGAGAGUUUACAAACCUGUUCCUCAAGAGAGUAGUUUUGUAUUUGGGGAUGGGGUGGGGUGGGGUGGGGGACCUGGAGUUUGCAAGAGAAAAUGUGUUCAAUGAAAAUAGCUGCCUAGUUUAUUGUUAAGAGAAGAAAAUGGUUUUGAUUAUCAUUUAAUCAUGUACUCUUAACAACUUAAGAAGUGAAGGUUGAUAGUUAAUGUCUGAAAUGUUUUCCUGCAGCAAAAAUUAGCUCAUGUUGGUGACUGCCUUACCCAUUUUUUAAGUGAACGAAACUACAGAUUUUUUUAAAAAUGGCAAAGCCAUUUUUGGAUAUAAUUGGAGACUAAGAAAUUUGGUCAUUAGGUAAAAAUACUAUAUAUAUAUAGAGAGAGAUAUAUAUUCCUAAGAUUAUCUUGAAAGGGAAAUGUUUUCAUCUAAAAAUAAGAAAUCCAGUUAUAUCAGCCAAAUGCUUUUAUUUUCAUUGUACUAAUCUGAUAUAGGGAUUGUUGUUAGUAAAGGGAUAUUUUUCUCAUUUUAUUUUCAGGAAACACACUUAGUCUUUAAAUAUGUACUGUAAGGCCUGCACAAUGAACUUGGGAUACUGCAGUGCCGGGUUGGAGACCUGAGUUCACUGUUCACUCCCAUUCCUUAUAUCAGUAGUUGGGGCUUACUACCCUAACAUGAGCCCCAGGAAAAACUGAGGGGUUAACUAACGACCACUCGAGAAAAGUCAUUGUCCAGGGGUACCUGUCUCAACUUCCUGAAGUGGAAAGGGAACAGAUAUGAGUCAGGGGCCUUAAAAGAUAUGGGCGAGGAUCAGAGGACAGAAUAGAGAUCAUACAGACAGUGAUGCAAAGAAUCUGCCUGCCUUAUUCCUCAGACAAUAACAUGUAGUACCAAAAAAGAAAAAAAAAUUAAAAGCCUUACUUUGUUUUACUUCCCCUGUUGUAAGGAACCUUUAAGACAUUUUUUAGGAAACGUUCUAAAUUAAGGUUAGGAAAAUUUUGAUCUUUCUAUAGAAAGUUGGGUACAGUAUGUAACUGUAGGGAACCCACCGCCCCUUUGUAAGCUGUGGAGCCCAAAAUGUAUUCAAGUAUUUGAUGUUUUCAGCAAGACAAAGAAAGUAUAUGGUCUCAUUAAAGUUCCAAAGAUACCUCA